AAACAGGAAGUUGGCUGUAUUGUGAUUUUUGCAAGGGGCUAAUCCAAAAACAGUAGACCGAUCUGGCAAGUGACACUGACAUAUUGGUUCCAGCAUUGUAUCUCCAUUAUUCGAAUCAAUAAUGUCUCAAGAUCCUUGGAUACAGAACUAUGAUGCCACAUGCCGUCUGGCUCAAGAAAUUGCUGAAAAUAUUCAUGAACGUAAUAGACAACAGAGGACUGGGGGAAACCCGGCUAAGAUUAACAUGACCCUGCGAGCGUCCUUACAGAAGCUGAAGCAGAACAUUACACAACUGAGGGAGACUCUCAUCCGUGCCUCGUCCCAGCGUCGCAUAAUCCAGUCGGAAGCAGACCGAAGGCAGAGCCUGCUGGACAGCCUGGUGACCAAGGAGAGGCAGCUCCUGGCUACAUUCAAAGGAGACAUCACCGAGUCGGAGCCCGCCAGGUCAACUCUGAUGUCGAGUGGGGGAGGUGGCCAGGGAGGCGCGGUGAACCCGUGGCUGGUGGACGAGUCUGAGGAGACGCGUGGCCUCUCCUUCGGAGACAUCAAGACGCAGCAGCAGCAGAUCAUCGAAGUUCAAGACGCAGGUCUGGAUGCCCUGGCUGCCGUCAUCAGCAGACAGAAACAGAUGGGUCAAGAGAUUGGCAAUGAGCUGGAAACGCAGAAUGAGAUCAUCGAUGACCUCACGAACCUGGUGGACAAGACUGACGGCAGGAUCCGCAACGAGACACGGAGGGUUAAGCUGGUAGAGACCAAGUCUGCUUCCUGCGGAAUGCUGGUGGUGAUUGUGCUUCUGCUAAUCGCUAUAGUCGUGGUUGGUGUGUGGCCCACCAGCUAAUGAAGAUGUCGUGGAAGACAACUGGAUGUGUUUUUUUUUCAACCGCUGCUGCAUCAGUACUCGUCAGCGAGGACACCAGGGGUUGUGGGGCUUUCAUAGGUCAACUUGUGUCGAGUGGCCCCCGGGCCCCCGGCCCCCGGCCACACUUACCUCGGCUCCUCUUCCUUCAUAUAAACUCUUUGCCCUUCGUUUGCCCUCCCUGUGAAAAUGAAGGGAAAAGUGCAGCUGGCCAAACCUGAUGCCAAGGAGUGGAGGGGACUGGAGAAGAUGCCAACACAGCAAGGUUUUGAUUCCUUAAACGGCUGUUGUUUGGUUUUGAGGGCGGCAGCGGCUCUUGUGACUGCCCAAGCAAUACAAUAUCCCAACCAGUUCUGUCUGCUUUUCCGAGAGCACAGGUUGGUACUGUAAUUCCACUUGCUUAGCAAUACUGGUCUCAUGUGGUAUGCUAUGUUAAAUCGUUUGUCCUGAAAUUUUAUAAUGUUUUUUGGAGAAACAUUCAAUCAAAACAAACCUAGCCGGUUUUGUUGCUAACCAGACUGUUUCACUUUCUGUAAAUCAAUUUAGCUUGGUGGUUCUAAUUUCUAAUAAACACAUUUUACAGUUACACUAACACUGUA